AUGUGGAGCAAGCAGAGACUAACGUUUGUCGUAGUGGGCAUUUUGUUCCACUUCGUUUAUCUAUGGUCUAUUUUCGACAUCUAUUUCGUGUCACCGUUGGUGCACGGAAUGCAAACCUAUAGAAGCACCGAUGCGCCUCCAGCGAAGAGACUGUUUCUUAUUGUGGGGGAUGGCUUGCGGGCAGAUACAACCUUCGAUAAAAUUACACAUCCCACAACAGGCGAAACGGCUCACUUGGCGCCAUUUCUCAGGUCGCUAGUUCUCAAUAACGCCACAUACGGUGUUUCUCACACUAGGAUGCCCACUGAAUCAAGGCCUGGUCAUGUGGCAAUGAUCGCGGGGUUUUAUGAGGAUGUAAGCGCCGUGACUAAGGGUUGGAAAGAGAAUCCAGUCGACUUCGACAGCUUCUUUAACCAAUCCGCACACACAUACUCUUUCGGCUCCCCUGAUAUACUUCCAAUGUUCAAAGAUGGUGCAUCUGACCCCAAUAAGGUCGACGCAUGGAUGUACGGUCAUGAAUUCGAGGAUUUUACCCAAUCAUCUAUUGAGCUAGACGCAUAUGUUUUCAGACAUCUCGACAACCUAUUUUACAAUUCCACGAUGGACAGAGAGCUGCAUGAGCAGAUAAUGCAACCUGGAAAUGUAUUUUUUCUACACCUUUUGGGCUGCGAUACUGCGGGUCACUCGUACCGCCCUUAUUCGCCCGAGUACUACGAUAAUGUCAAAUACAUUGAUGACGAGGUCUCAAAGCUUGUUCCCAAGGUCCGUGACUUUUUCGGAGAUGACGACACUGCUUUCGUAUUUACUGCAGACCAUGGCAUGAGUGCAUUUGGAUCUCAUGGAGACGGUCACCCCAACAACACAAGAACACCUUUGAUUGCUUGGGGGGCAGGGCUGAAUAGACCAGUAUUGAAUAAAGCUCCAAUCUACGAUAAUUAUACUGAGGGCUGGGACCUAGCUAAUAUACAGCGGAAUGAUGUGAAACAGGCGGAUAUUGCAUCUUUGAUGACAUAUCUUAUUGGUGCAGACUACCCCGCGAAUUCGGUGGGCGAGUUACCAUUGUCAUACAUCGACGGUUCCGAGGAAAAUAAGUUAAAAGCAUUGUAUUCCAACGCAAAAGCGAUUUUGGAACAGUACUUGGUCAAAGAGCAGGAAAUAGAGUUGUCUCAGUUCCAGUAUAAGCCUUACCAUAAGUUUGUCGAGAAGCCUGCGUCCCAAUACCUGGAUGAAAUUGAGCAGUUAAUUGAAAGGAUCUCUGCAGGGGAUGAGUCCCUAGAGAGUCCUGCUAUCAAGCUCACCGAAGAGUUAAUGUCGGUAACUUUAGAGGGCCUCCACUACUUGACCACGUACAACUGGCAAUUUACAAGAACCAUUGUGACUUUUGGAUUUGUUGGCUGGAUUACAUAUUCCUUCAUCAUCUUUUUGAGAUUGUUCAUCUUGACCAAGGAAUACGAGCUGAAGACGACGAUCACGAACCUCGCAAUUUUUGGAGCACUAUCGCUAGUAUUGAACUACGUUCUUCACUAUCAGAGGUCUCCAUUCAACUUCUACAUGUACCUAAUGUUCCCACUUUUUUUUUGGAGUCAGAUUUUCAAGAGCAGGGUUAUUCUCGGUGAUGGCCUGGGGGAGUUUUUCGAAGGAAUCACACUUCCAAAGAAACUGGGUAUACUAGCCGCGGUUCUAGCGAUUUACGAAAGCAUCGUUUAUGGCUUUUUUAGCCGCUGGAUUUUCACAGUGAGUUUUGUUGUUUUGGGUUUCUACCCACUUGCCUGUGGCAUCAAGGACGUCAGAACUAAUAUUCUAUGGCUUGCUACUAGUCUUUCUAUCUCGGUCUUUACGCUCUUUGACGCAGUAAAGGUUGAAAGCUUGAAACAAAUCAACGCGGCGAGUGCCUUAAUUGUGCUGAGUGCAUGCUGGGGGAUCUACCAUCUACGUCAAGACAUCAAAGCCCACACUUCAAAAGUGCUGGUCAUCCAAGUGGUCUUGAUAGUUGCUAUGGUGGCCAUUACCAACAAGUCUGUCAUUUCGCUGCAAAACAGAGAGGGACUGCCUCGGGACUCUCAAAUUGGUGGUUGGAUAGUGUUUGCUCUUUCAUUAGCCGUUAUGCCUAUUUUCCACUACUUGGAACCUAGCAAUGACUACAGAGUGCGAAUGCUCAUCAUCUACCUCACCUUCGCACCUGCAUUUAUCAUCCUGACCAUCUCGUUUGAAUCAUUCUUUUACUUUUUGUUCACUGCAUACAUCGUUCAGUGGAUUGAGAUAGAAUCGGGAAUAAAGGAAAAUAGCGCUAAAAAUGCUUCAUCUCACAAUUGGCUGCAGCUGUUACGCGUUUCAGUGAUAGGGUUUUUUUUGAUGCAGGUGGCGUUCUUCAGUACUGGUAAUAUCGCUUCGAUUUCCUCGUUUUCAUUGGAUUCGGUCUACCGGUUGAUGCCAAUCUUCGAUCCAUUUCCGAUGGGCGCACUUUUAGUUCUCAAGUUGAUCUUGCCAUACAUCACGCUCUCUUCGGGUCUGGGGAUCCUGAACUUGAAGCUGCGUUUCAAGGAUUACAGCAUUUCAUCCCUCAUAAUUUGCACCAGUGACAUACUCUCACUUCAAUUUUUCUACCUCUUGAAAACGGAGGGAAGCUGGCUUGACAUCGGCGUUUCGAUCUCCAACUACUGUCUGGCCAUAUUAUCCUCAUUAAUUAUGCUGCUGCUAGAAUUUAUCAGUCACGUCCUGUUGCGGAACGUCUCACUUUCAAGAGCGGACAAGGUGAAGAAGACUCAAUAA